AUUCAGCGCGAACGCAGGCUGUUUCUUGUCGGAAAUACAGGAGCGGGCAAGAGUGCAUCUGGAAACACCAUCCUGGGCAGGGAAUGCUUUGUGUCAAAGCACAGUUUCAGCUCAGUGACCAAGGAAUUGGCUUCUGGAAAAGCUGACCUUGCAGAGGAUCAUGGCCAGAAGAGAAAGGUGAAGGUGGUAGAUAUGCCAGGUUUUGGCAACACUCACCUCACUGAGGAUCAGAUUUAUGAAGAAAUAGCCAAAAAAAAUGAAGAGCAGGCUGCCAUCCAUCUGGCCAAACUUUUUGGACGUAAUGCCGUUAAAUAUUACACAAUUGUUCUUUUUACCGGAGAUCAUCUUGAGGGUACUAAUUUUGAAGAACAACUGAAUAGGGCUCCUCCUGCGCUUAGGAAACUUAUUGAACAGUGUGGGGGCAGGUACCAUGUGUUCAACAAUAAAAAUUCCAGUGACAGGACACAGGUUAAAAAACUCAUGUCAAAGGUGGACCACAUGCUCAAAAUGGUUGGAGGUAGGGUUUACACCAAUUUAAUGUUUCGAAUGGCCCAGAGAGCUUUCAUGGCUAAGAAAAAGCCUACCCCGCUGCUGUUUCCUCUCUCAUCUAUUCUACUAGUGGUGCUGUAG